AUGAUGUCACUGGUUCAAGACUCUGUGUCCCAGGCUCUCGAGUUAAUAGCGGAAAAUUGCAGGUCCCCAUUUUUGGCCUGCAAAAUGCAAAAAAAGCUGAAUUUAGUGAAGUUCCGACAACAGCACGAAAGCAUGGACGAUGAUUUAAAAUGGACUCUGGAAUGCAGUGGAAGAGAGGUCAAAGAUGUUUUGUACAUGUAUGAAUCCACCCUAGAAUACGAGCAGUUAAUAGUUCUUCUCAAGCUCGGCAUGUUAUUAACCAAAUACAACAAUGAGAUGCGAACUUUGAUAGAAUGCAAUCUCACGACUUGGAUUGGAUACGUCACAGUUAUUAUACAAUUUCGCAAUGGAAUUUACAGUGCUGAAAAUUCGAGCCUUGCAUCAAGUUGUCGCAAGAACAAAGAACGGAUACCACAAGGAGAAGAGAAACUGGAGAGGAAGAAAAUGGGUCGCAGACUUGAUCUAAUUUUACGACGAAAGAAACUGGAGUUUGGAGCGGGCGAGGCUGGUAAACAGACGGAUGAUACAGAUACCAAGCUACUUCAGGAGAGAGAUUUAAAGCUCCCUAAAGCAUUGAAAGACAUGAUGAUGAGUCUGAAGAACGAAAGAGGAAGCGCUGAUGGUCUGAGGGUAGUUGGAUUAUUGCAAUAUGGAAAAUUCUUGUGGUUCUUGUGA